UCCACCCCAGGCUUCCGGACUGGACCGACAGUGGGGAUAAAAUAGGCCUGGAGCCACUUGCCUGCAGAAUCCCUGCCUUGACUUCCCCUCAGCAUUCCCAUCCCGGUGAAACCUCUGCGACAUGAGCCUCCCAAGGAGCUCUGGCGCCUGGCACGCUCGGCCCAGAAUGAGGCCACUGCUCCUGGGGCUCCUGCUCCUGCCAGCCAUGGUGGCCUUCGCCAAUGCCAGCGCUGAGCCUGCAGAAGAAGACUCAGACCUGCGUUGCUUGUGUGUGAGUACCACCUCCACGGUCCAUCCCAAGCACGUCAUCAGCCUGGAAGUGAUCAAGGCUGGACUCCACUGUCCCAAGGCCCAACUGAUAGCCACUUUGAAGAAUGGGAGGAAGAUUUGCUUGGACCAGCAGGCCCGCUUGUAUAAGAAAAUAAUCAAGAAACUUUUGGAGAAUUAGCUACUAGCUGCCUAGAUCUGUAUAUUUGCUACAUAACUUCUUUUUUUUUUUUUUUUUCACUUUCAAUCUAACUCUGAAAGAAUCCUCUGAUGUUUACAUUAGCCUUCAAAUACUAAAUAAACAAAAUAGAUCAAGUUGUGGCAUGUUUAAAAAUAUUUCUUAAUAACGGAGCAAAGAAAAUAGUGGUAACAGUCACAGUUUCAUGUAAGAAAAAUCUCCAGAAUUUUAUGGAAAAAAAAUAUUUAAGGGAGGUUUGUUAGUAAAAACUGGUUUUCCUUGGAGUUUUAUGUUAGCUGAUACAUGUAUAUACCUGCAUUUAAUCUCUGCCCAUUUAGUUUUUUCACCUUAUGCACUGUCACUUAAAGUAUCUUUUUAAAGUAGAUACAAGUGACUUCCCUGACUAAAAUCUUCAAGAUCUGUGCUCCCUAGCACGGCACAUAGCUUGUGCCACGCUUACUUCCCUUCCUGAGCCUUUGUUUCCUCAUCUGUGAGACGGCCAUUUUGUAGUGCCUCAUAGAUUAUCGUGAGCACUAAAUGAUAUGAUUGUCAAAGCUGAGCAGUACACAUGGUUAAGAGCUCCACUGCUAACCAAAAGGGCGGUGGUUUAGACCCAAGCCAGAAGUGCCUUGGAAAAAAAGGCCUGGUGAUCUGUUUUCAAAAAGUCAUAGCCAUGAAAACUCAAUGGAGUACUGUUCUAUUCUGACAUACAUGUGGUCUCCAGGGGUUGGAAUAAACUUGACAGCAACUGGAAGGUGAAGAAAAUGAGAUGAUAUAUGGAAAUCUAUGCUUAAAAAAAUUUGCAACUAUUAAGUAUUAUGACUGCUAUCAAUAUUGCUCUCAAUGAACCAUCCCAGUCAGUUUGGAGUAUUAAGUAGGACAUUUAACAGAGUGAGUGAAAUAAAAAUUUCUGAAAUCAAAAGAACUCUGGAGAGAAUAAUUUGGAAAUGAGGUGUGGUUGAUAAGAUACUGUUUUUGUUUAUUUAGCUUCUGCUGCCUGCCUCAAACAACAUACUUAGUUGGAUUCAAUAAUUAGUAGGUCUGACUCAAAGGGUCAUAACAAAUUUUGCAAAGUCAUCCAAUGCUGGUAUCAUUUUAAUCCUCACUUCAGAAUUACCUUGGUCUAACCAUCCUGAGAGUAUUUUCAAGUUGCUGCCUUUAUCAGCAAAGGGCAUCUGGGUAGAUUAUUGCUGGCAGGAAAAACCCAAGUCAAACAGUAAUUUACUAUAGCUCCUUGCUGUGCAGACAUUCAUGGAGUGACACAGUUUGAACAUUCUUAAACUUUUUUUUUUUUAAGCUGGCUGGAAACAGCAGAAAAUGUCCACAAACUAGGAACUUAUGGUAUAGUUCGACCCCUAUCAACAUAACAAAACCACCAGAGGGAUAUUUUGCUCUUGGAGAUUGUUCUGUAGUUUUGUAAUGUUUGCUCGUUUUCUUUCUAAGGCCUUCGUGGUAAAACUGGUUUCCUCUUCAAUGCAUAGAACAUUGGGGGUUUAGUUGGUUUUGAAAAUAUAUGUGUAUUUUUUUCUCAUUAUAAGACAAUGAAUUCUCAUUCUAGAUAACAGAAAAUAAAGAAUACAGAAAUAAAACUAAUUUCACCACUUGAAGGCAUUCUUUUCCUUUUUCAAAACAGUAGUUGUUUCUUAUGGUUAUAAGA